UUCAGAGCGACACCCUGCAGCUUCUCUCUGCCUGCAACAGAAAUACAACCCUGUCACAUUCUCCCCGAGCUUCAGUGCAUGUCUACAGCCCCCCUCUCACUGAGGUCCCACCACAGAACCUGACUUUGUACGAACUGGAUUCUCGGAGUUCGUCACCAUGCAUGCCCGGGUUUAGAUUAUCCAUGGAGCUUUCUAAUCUGUACGAGGUCGCGCCCCGGCCCCUGAUGAGCAACCUGACCAACGGCCAGCAGCCCGCCUCCGGCUACCGAGACUCGGCAGAGCUCGGCGGUGAGAUCGGAGACAGCGAGACCUCCAUCGACCUGAGCGCGUACAUCGACCCGUCGGCCUUCAACGACGACUUCUUGGCCGACUUGUUCCACCACAGCUCCCGGCAGGACAAGCUCAAGAUGAUGAGCGGAGAGUACGAGUCGGUGCCGUGUGGCCCAGGCCCCCCGCAGCACUACAUGCCCGCCUACAUGGAGUCCAAGCUGGAGCCGCUGUACGAGCACAACCCGCCACGCAUCCGGCCGGUGGCCAUCAAGCAGGAGCCGCGGGACGACGAGGACAUGACCCCGGGAAUGCCCCCCACCUACCACCACCCGCACCCGCAGCAGUACUCCCAGCAGCAGCAGCCGCCGCACCUGCAAUACCAGAUUGCACAUUGCGCGCAGACCACCAUGCACCUCCAGCCGGGCCACCCGACCCCUCCGCCGACCCCGGUGCCCAGCCCGCACCACCACCACCACCACUCGCACCAGCACGGCGGCCUGAAGCUGCUGGAGCGGAGUGGCGGGAAAUCCAAGAAGAACGUCGACAAGAGCAGCCCGGAGUACCGGCUGAGGCGCGAGCGCAACAACGUGGCCGUGCGUAAAAGCAGGGACAAGGCCAAGGUCCGCAACAUGGAGACGCAGCACAAGGUGGUGGAGCUGACCACUGACAACGACAGACUGAGGCGGAGGGUGGAGCACCUGACCCGCGAGCUGGACACGUUACGGGGCAUCUUCAGACAGCUGCCCGACGGAUCCUUCAAACCCAUGGGCAGCUGAGCGCCGCCGCCACGCGCAGGAUUUACACUCACAGCUGAAAACAUCUCAACUCAUCAUUUUGUCUUUAACUCUCACCGUCCCUUCAAAUAAAAACAAGCUGACAUUGAGCUAUUUUGUAAAACAAGAAAACUUUGAAGCCAAACUUUUGUAUAAAAUCUCCUGAUUGUUUUUACUGGAAACAGGUGAAUGUGUUUCUCCCUCAUCUCAUUGGCUCAUCGUGUUUUACCUGAACACUCUGACUUCUGAGGACUAAAAGACAGAAGAACUCCAGACUGUUCACGUGCCUUCUUUGAAACUUUGAAAGCGAUAAGCUCGCAGAUCCACACAGAAAGGACUGGCUGCUGCUUUUGUUUUUGUGCCUUGUUCCUGCGCACUGUGCGCGCGCACACACACACACACACACACACACACACACACACACACACACGCACAUGCACACACACACACACACACCACACACACACACACACACACACACACACACACACACACACACACACACACACUCAACUCACAUAUCAGAGCAGCUAAAGUAGGGCACGUGGGGAAUCAGCCUGUUGUGCAUGUUGUAUAUUAGUUACCCUGUGCAUAUUCUCUGGUCACAAGCAGAGCAUCAUCUGCUUGUCUUGUAAAGGUUUGAAGCAGAUAACCCUCUGAUUGUCUCAGUGUUGCAGAUUCUGAUCAAAUGGAACUUUGUAUUCCCUGUAAACCUUCAUCACAUCACAUUUCUGUUUUCUUGUUUCGUGCUUUUAAACCACUUAAAGGAGUAAAAUCUUACGAACCUUGUAGAGUUCACAACAAACAUCUCGAACGCUUGAAUUAUGAUCCUAAAAAUGUUUCCGCUCAAAACAGGCGGGGUCUCGCAGUUCCCUAAAAGUUGAUAUGUUGUCGUUUUUAAUGAAAGAAUAAUAAUAACUGAGAAAAGUGAAAAAUACAAAAGACUGGAAUUAAAACCUUCUAAUCCUUCCCGGGACGUCUGAACACAGCUCAGAGACGCUUUAAGUGUUCGGAGCUUUAAAAGGAGAAUGUAACUCUGCAGACAUGUGCAGCUUUCUCUCGUAUGCACUAUUGGUGUCGUCUCGGACACAUGGGUACUGAAAACACGCCUCGCUCUUCAACAUGUGUAUUUAUGUGUAAAAACAAAGAAAGACAAAAUGUGAAAAGGGUUUCUAUGCAACGCCUCUAUUCCUCUUUUCCACUGUUGAAUCAUCACACAUACACAUACACAUACAUACACAUACACAUACACACACACCUACAUACACACACACACACACACACACACACACACACACACACACACACAAACACACACAGUGCCUUCAGUUCCUCUGAGAUGACCUUUGACCUCCUGCUGAUGAAUCGGCGAGAAAAAAGGAAACUUUUUUUUUUACGGGCUGAUGUUAAACCAUGUUUGUUUCAAUGUAACCUCUCAAUUGUAAAAUAAGCCUAUAUAUAAAUAUAUAUAUAUAUAUAUAUAAAUACAUAUAUAUGAAAUACCAAAAAAUCUGAGUUAUUAUAAUAAAAGAGCUUGUUUUAUCACA